AUGGGACAAGCGCAGUUUGCUAAGCGCCAGGAGCUUCCAGAAUCUGUGGCCAAUUUUUUCGAUGAUUUUAAUCCAUCUGGAAAUGGACGCACGGCAUCGAACGCGUUUCUUGCCGAGUCGUAUGCGCCGCCGACGCAGCUGCUGACGAAGCAUGCGCUUUCCUUUAAUGUGGAUGUUCCUCUCGAUCUGGAGGAACUUUUCUGGGGCACACGGCGAGAUAUCAUCUUCCAGCGGAUGAUAACUGUUGGGGGAAGGACGAACACCAUCCACCAAAUGAUAUCGAUUGAAUUCACACCCCACAUGCGCGAUGGCCAAAUGAUCUUCCUGGAGGAAAUGGGUCAUCAAGUGGAUGCGCAGCGGGGUGACGUGUGGGUGGUGCUUCGGCAAAUCGUGCAUCCGGUGUUCAGAGCUCUGGGUGAUGAUCUAAUCAGCUCCUGUACUUUGCCACUGUCUGUGGCCCUGCUGGGCGGCACGGUGGAAGUGACGGGCAUGGAUGGUAUCAAACUCUACGUUAACGUGAACGAACCGGAACCGUUUCACUUUCCGCUGGUGAAGACGAUCGAUGGUCAAGUUAACGUUCCACGUGUACCGACCAGUCUGCGGGACGCAACCACCAACAUGAUCCGUCAGAUAGAGAACGCACCAGAGCAGAACGAAGAUGCCUAA